CAGCCCUCCCCCCAGCACAGGGUGCACGCACCAGCGCGGCUUUGAUACCGAGCUGUGGUAGUUUUCCUUCGCGGAUAAUACCUCCGCCAUAGAAUGUUCUAGCAACCUUUUUGUGUGCAGCGACAUCCUGAGCCGUCUCUAUCGGUCCGCCUUCAACCAAAGUUGCAGCAGCAUAGUCCCGGCUCCAACAGUUACACCAAAAUCAUUUAUCCACCCAUGCCGAACCUUCCCUCGCUCUUCAACAAAUCCUCUUCCAAAAAGUCCAAGCACCAUCCCGCCCCGAAGCUGACUCCAGGAUCCGGUUCGUCCCACAACCCAGGAACCCCUCCCUCGUCGCCCGACAAAAAGGGCUUCCACAAGGUCAAAGAACGUGAUCGAGAGAGCCGUCGCUCCAGCUCAUACUCUUCAAAGCGCUCGUCCAAGUUCGACCGUGACUCCCACCCACUCAACCUCCCACCCGACGAGCUACGGCGGCUGUCUGCCAUGUCCCAGAUGAGCGACCAGCCCACCCCCCAGCCCAUGGACCUGGACAGGGAAUUCACGUCCUCGCCCACGCCCACACCGUCCAGCCCCGCGACAGCACAGGCUCCGGGCGCCUUCCCCAAGACCAACGGCAGCAACGGCGACCACGAGGCCAGGCCCGCUCCUCCCCCUCACAGAUACACCACCAGCCCACCGCCGCAGUCUGCAACCUACGCUGCAACACCAGAGGCCGCGUCACCGCCCGCUCAGCCGCCCACGAUAGAUGCUGAGUCGUACAAGACCGCUGGCAACAAGUUCUUCAAGAUCAAGGACUAUGCCCAGGCCGUCAAGGAAUAUUCAAAAGCCAUCGAAGCCGACCCCAAGAAUGCCACCUAUUAUUCCAACAGGGCAGCCGCCCUCAUGUCUGCGAACCGCUACGUUGAGGCGUUGGAGGACUGCAAGACUGCCGAUGACCUGGAGCCCGGCAACAUGAAAAUUCUGCUGCGGCUUGGGAGGCUGUACACCAGCCUCGGGCGGCCGGAUGAGGCCCUCGCAGUGCUCAGCUCGAUCCAUCCUCCGGCAACGGCCAAAGACAUGCAACCAGCUGUCAGCAUGCGGCAACACAUUCGGCAGGCAGGAGAUAUUCUGCAUUCAGGAGGAUCCGGCUCGUUGGUCGUACACGCACUAAACCAGGCUGAGCGGGGCCUGGGAGCUGGUGUGGACAGCCCGAGAAAGUGGAAGCUGAUGAGGGGAGAAGCACAUCUGAAGAUGGGCAAUGCUAAUGCACUCGGGGAGGCACAGAAUAUAGCUAUGUCAUUGCUGCGGAACAACAACCAGGAUCCUGAUGCUUUGGUGUUGAGAGGACGAGUGCUCUACGCACAGGGCGAAAACGAGAAGGCCAUCCAGCAUUUCAGACAAGCGUUGAACUGCGAUCCCGACUUCAAGCAAGCCGUGAAAUAUCUGCGCAUGGUCCAGAAGCUGGAGAGGAUGAAAGAGGAGGGGAAUGUUGCAUUCAAGACCGGGAAGCUCCAGGCGGCCGUCGAUACAUACACAAAAGCCCUAGAAGUGGAUCCGUCGAACAAGAACACAAACUCGAAGAUCCUCCAGAACCGAGCCUUAUGCUACACGAAACUAAAGAACUGGAAGCCCGCAAUUUCUGACUGUAACAAGGCUCUCGAGCUCGAUCCUGGGUACACCAAGGCUCGGAAAACGAAGGCAAAGGCAUUAGGGGAAUCUGGGAACUGGGAAGAGGCGGUUCGGGAAUUCAAGGCAAUCCACGAAGCAAAUCCAUCAGAGCCAGGUAUCGCCAAGGAAAUUCGCAACGCUGAACUGGAGCUGAAGAAGAGCCAAAGAAAAGACUACUACAAGAUUCUAGGUAUCAGCAAGGAUGCUUCAGAUCAAGAAAUCAAGAAGGCGUACCGCAAACUCGCAAUCGUACAUCAUCCUGACAAGAACCCGGAUGAUGAUCAGGCAGCGGAGAGAUUCAAGGAAAUCCAGGAAGCACAUGAAACUUUAAGCGAUCCUCAAAAACGGGCUCGAUACGAUUCUGGUGAAGAUCUUGUUGAUCCUGCGGAGAUGUUUGGUGGCGGUGGAUUUAGUGGUGGGAUGGGCGGCCAAAGCAUCGACCCCGAAAUGCUGUUUAACAUGUUUGGCGGCAUGGGUGGAGGCCGUCCAGGCGGCGGCGGCUUUUCCUUUGCAACGGGCGGUGGAAGUCCUUUCCCGGGAAUGGGGGGUAUGCCUGGAGGCGGCGGCCGACGAGGCCAGCAAUUCCCCGGUGGCUUCCCAUUCUAAGUCAUUCUUUCUACAUCGCAUGGCUUAUUCCACGUCUUGCAUAAUCUCGGGCUCGAAAUUUUCCAUUCGUGUCUAUAAUAAGACCCCACACACGCACAAACACGAUCUCUUUUUCUCGACAAAACUCCUCGUCUGGCGUUGGGUAUCACGGAAUAACCAAGUGUGAGCUACGGUGGCGGCUUGCGCGAGAUAUAGACUGCUGAUUCUGUCUGAUUUCCUUUUGUCUGGCUCCCCCAGAACGAUUCCGACAUCUGCACUGUGGCAUGUCCUGCAUCCACCAGCUUCGUUGACUCCUCAACCAUCCAUCUAAGCUAUCCAUAAACCUUCCUCGGCAUUGUCUGGCGUCUUGUCAUUCCAUUCCUUUCUUUCAACUUGUAGAACAAGAUCACUGAGGUGGUCGAGAUACGAAAAUCCAUGAUUAUCCUCUCAUCCUCCUAAAAACUGUG